GGAAUUAACAAAACAAAAACCUUCUAAAACGGAAGCACUGCAUUUGCUAGCAAUAUAUAGGUAUUUGGCGCCAAAAGAAACUUUAAGAAUUAGGGAAACAAAGAAAACGCCCUAAAAUUAGGGCUUUUUUCCAUCACAUUUCACUUUUCCUUCACUCCAUUUCACUCCUUGUCGCAAAUUAGGGUUCCGGUAGCUUCGAAAUCGCCUGAAAAUGCCGGAAUUGAACUGGAAAUCCCACACUCUAAUUCAGUCUCUACUUUCUCGCGGACCUCUUAAAUCAGAUGAAUUUCACAAAAUCUUCGAGGGCGUAACUGGAAGAAAGCCAGGUGUUAACGAUAAGUUGUUUAAUGAUUAUCUAUUGAAGAUAAACAAAGAACUUUCCUUUGUUCAAUUUGAGUUGCGAGCUUGUAGAAACCAGUACGAUGGUGUCGUUUAUUAUGGUGUUGUUAACAAUGUUGAGGAUGAACAAUCGAAACUCGGCUCUAAAUACUCUGUUCCUCAAAUUGCCUUUUACAAGGGAAUUAUAGAAGCAAUUGUACAAGAUGCUGCUGGCCAGGGUUUCAUCACCAAUAUUGAUGCCCUCCAUACAAGAUUGGACACUCAGGUUCCAAGUGGUUCACAAUCAGAAUCACAGUUCCAGGAUGUGCCUGCUGCACUGAGGAAUUUCUCAAUGUCUCAGAAAGAAAAAGCUCUUGAGGAGCUUGUUCGUGAUGGAUGGCUCUCCAAUCUAGAUGGUAAUAUUGGAUUUGGUAUUAGAUCGUUCCUUGAUCUUCGAAGUUGGUUCCGCCUUAAUGAGAUCCCUUCAUGUGAUGUUUGCAAUGAGGCUAGUGUGAAGGCAGAUUCAUGCCCGAAUGAAGGUUGUUCCAUCCGAAUUCACAAGUACUGUCUCAUUAAGAAGUUUUCUCAAAGAACGGUCGAAAAAGUUUGUCCUGGUUGUCACAAACCUUGGCCAUAUACCGUUACCAAAGAAGAAUUGGUCGAUAACGAGGAUGAGUUAAACGAGCAAACAGAGAGCCAACCUUCUAAUAGAUCUUCUCAGAGGAAGAGAACAAGGAACUGUCAGUCCCAGACUCAGGAUCCAGAUAAUGUAGGAUCUGGUUCCUCUCAGAGAACUAGAUUGAGGAGAUCUGCCCGUAUUGGCUGACGUGUUAAUGUUAACUGUAAGGAGCUUUUGGAUUUGAUGUUUUUAUGCAUAGGUUUAUGUCGUAAAUAUCUAGCUGUGACUUCCGAAGACAUUGUCAUUGUAAAAACUGAAAUGGUGCUGCAAGGUAGCAAACUUAGCUGAAGCUUCUACUAUGGGGAAUCGGUGGCUUCAUCUUGGCAAGAAUUUCUAGGAUGGUAGUGUAUUGUAGUUACUACUUCCAUCUAUCCAAGCAUUUCUAUCCUUUUGUACAAAUCUUUGACUUGAAAGAGUGUCAUGCUUUAUCAUAUUUAUCUGCUGGUUAUGUCUUCAAA